AUGCUGCAUGGGCAGAGUGGCGGGGGGAAUGCAUCUAUUUUCUGCCCGCUUGCCGCUCCCAGAGUCGACGGUCCAGGGGUGGCCACGGUGCCGAAAUCGCCGGAAAUCAGGUCGACGAGCUCGGCCGCGCUGACUACAUUGCGACAGGCUCGAGCCUCACUGAGGGUACGUCAAAGGUGUAUUGCCCAGUGUACUAGCGGGCACUACCUGACGCAUCAAAGAGUUCACCUCCAUCUAGUCGACACCGGGCAAAAGGAACCAUCGAAUCGUGACGCCAUCAGCUCGCUCGACCCCCGAGCACAAUCACCACAUCCUCGCGGCGGUAGCCACUGAACUCGAGUCGUCUUUGCCUAGUCCAGGAAAACAACCCACAGUAUCCUCGCCUUCAAAACUAUCAUUUCCCCAAGUCAUCCGUGAGCUCGACCUGAUAAUCCUCUCGUGACCCCGCUUGACCGACUCUGAUGCCCGGCGGCCGAGGCUCUGUAGGUAGCGCCGUAAAACGGAAGCUCAUGCAAGCCAACGAGUCGCAUCCGAAUCCCCUGAAAAAUCAAAUCUGCCAUCUCCGCUACAGAGUCCCGCCGCGGUCUCCGCCUCCUUCCCGGCCGGUGAUCCGGCUACGUCCCACCUUCGAUUCGAGUUUCAAAGUCCCGAGGCGACCCCCUCGACCAGCCGAAGGGGAUCUCUUCAGCUUCGAUUCGACGACCACGACCGUAUUCGGUGAUCAGUUCUUCGCAUCUGGACCGUAUAGUGGAGCCUCAUCACUCCAGGCGUCAUGUGACGGCUCAGUCGAAGAUCGCGCAAUCUGUGAACAAAUGACUGCGCAGAUCGAGUUCCCCGAGUUCACGCAAUCCCUGCUUUCCGUACCCGAAGCGUCCGAAGGCUCUACCUCCUCCUCCGGAUCGCAAGCCACGCUUUCAACAGGAACGACGAGCUGGGAUCGGAUCCCUAAUGAUCUCUCCAGCUUCACGUGCGAUACGGCCCCGCUCGCGUCGAGGUUCAGUUUCUCCGACUCGUCCGACUUGUCGAGUGGGACGAUCUCGCAUGCUAAAGAAUAUCGAUCGGCUUUGCUUUACCGUAAAGUUAAGGGACCUUCAAAUGUCACCACCUCCUUUCAACAGACGCUAGGAACGCACCAGGUCAAUUCGGUCGGCGAUUCGCUCUCAUCUACCUUCGAGUCUUCGGCCGCCGCGCUCAUUCUCGAAGGCGCGAAGAACCCCUCACCCGAUAGCGACCGAGUAUUCAGACUGACUACACUCUUGACCGACGAGGACCUUUUCAUGGAGCCCGCGAGACACACUGCGCCAUGA